UGUUGUAGCUGAUAAACACUUUCUGAGUGGUGAGUGUGUCAGUGUGGUGGGGUGCGUUGGUGAGUGUGUCAGUGUGGUGGAGUGUGUUGGUGAGUGUGUCAGUGUGGUGGGGUGCGUUGGUGAGUGUGUCAGUGUGGUGGAGUGUGUUGGUGAGUGUGUCAGUGUGGUGGGGUGUGUUGGUGAGUGUGUCAGUGUGGUGGGGUGUGUUGGUGAGUGUGUCAGUGUGGUGGGGUGUGUUGGUGAGUGUGUCACUGUGUGGUGUGUUGCAGGGUUUGGCGACAUGGUCCGGUGGCCGCCGCCUGGGGACGCGGCAACUCGCCACCACCACCACUUGUCCCUCACGCCCCCGCCCUCACCCACACCCACCAGCGGCGAGGGCGGCGGCACGUGCGGCUCCACUACCAUCGCCUCCACACCCGGGUCUUCCACACCCUACAUCGCCUCCUCUUCCCCUGUGGUGAGGCAAGCGGGCACCCCUGACCCCGCCACGCCCCCGCCAUCUUGCCACGCCCCCGCCUUGGGAUCUUUGCCCCGUGCUGCAGCCAACGGUACACCAUCCAGCGCAGGUGUAGCGGCAGACAUCCCAGCGCCCUCCUCCUCCAAUGGGGACCUCAACCAUAGGCGGCCCAACGGCGUCACUCUGAGGGCGGUGCAGCAGCAGCAGCAGCAACAGCAACAGCAGCAGCAGCAGCAGCAGCAGCAACAGCAGCAGGAACAGCAGCAGCAACAGCAACAACAACAACAGCAACAACAACAACAACAACAGGAGACCACAGAAGACAAGGAGGAGGAACACCAGGAGGAGGAGGAGGAGGAGGAGGAGGAGGCGAGAUAUGACGAAGGCGUUGGUGAGGGAGAGGAGGACGCUACGUACAGGGCCGAGGGCGGCGUGGAGGGCGGUGAGGAUGAGCUGGCGCGGUGCGGGCUAGGGCGGUGGUGUUCGCCGAGGUGGGCGCAGCGGCUGGCCACUAAGCAGGUGUUCCUGGUGGUGUUCUGCGCCACGUCAGUGCUUCAAGGCAUGUACUACACCUACUACGUGAGUGUGCUCACCACCGUUGAGCGACUCUUUCAGUUCAAGAGCAAGACCACGGGCGUCAUCAUGAGCGCAACGGAGAUGGGCCAGAUCGGCGGCGCGUUACUGCUGGCUUACUAUGGCGGCCAGGGACAUCGCCCCAAGUGGAUCGGUUGGGGGAUGCUGCUCUUCUCCUUCUGCGCCUUCCUCAGCUCACUCCCGCACUUCCUGUAUGGCGAGGAGUUACUCAGAAAGCACCUGGAGACCACACCCACCAGGGACAGUCCCUUAGCCACUGCCAACCUGUGCCGGCACGGAGACAGCGCCUUGCCACACUCCCCGGCGCCGCCCAAUACAACCCUGCACGCUGAUUACCUUCUACUUGACCCUGCCAGUGUGCCAGCCUCCACGAGGGAUUGUGACUCCCCCGAGGGCGAGACUCACGUGGUGUUGGCGCUGUUCUUUCUGUCCCUGCUGGGCAUUGGCAUCGGACAGACUGCGGCAUACAACCUGGGCAUCCCCUACAUCGAUGACAACAUUGCUAACACCGAGACGCCAAUUUAUUUUGCUGUGACCAGCGGCGUUCGGAUCCUCGGCCCGGCUCUUGGCUUUGUCUUAGGGUUCCUGUGCACCCGUCUUUAUCUUGAGCCUUUGGUGGACCCGGGCAUCGAACCAACUGACCAGAGGUGGAUAGGGGCUUGGUGGCUGGGCCUCGUGGUGGUGUCCGUGGCUCUUCUCCUCACCAGCUUUGCAAUGUUCGCUUUCCCGCGCCGCCUUCCGCUGUCACCUCGACGUCGUCACCUCAAACUUGCCGCGCCCGCUCCUCUUCCUUCACCACAGUGCCGCAACGCUUCCCUCACUGAUUUUGUGCGUGCGGUGUGGCGCCUCCUGAAGAACCGUAUACUGAUCCUGCGCACAGCCAGCAACGUGCUGCACACUCUGCCUAUAGCCGGCCUGUACACCUUUCUGCCCAAAUAUCUGCAGAGCCAGUUUAGGUUACCUGUGCACACCGCUGCUCUUGUGUCAGGCAUCGGCGGCAUUCUGGUCAUGGGUGUGGGCAUCUUCGCGUCAGGAUUCUACAUUUGGCACGUGAAGCCCUCACCGCGCGCCGUGGCUGGCUGGAUCGCCAUCAGCGCCCUUGUGUAUGCCGUGGGCAUGGUGAUACUGAUGUUCGUAGGAUGCCCACCGGAAGACUUCGUAGGACUCGUGGAGGGGGAAGAAGGCAAACAGUUUCGCCCCGUGUGUAACCUUACCUGUGGGGAGUGCGACCUCAACACCUUUGCCCCCGUGUGUGACCCCCAGGGAAGGGCGUACUUCUCCUCCUGUCACCUGGGAUGCACCAACGCCACGCUCAUGCACCACUCCAACCAACUCGUGUUUUCAGAGUGCGAGUGUCUGGCGGCCGGAGAGACAGUGGUGCUCAAACUCUGUGGCAUGAAGUGUGACAAUUUCAAGUGGUACGUGAUCAUCUUCUCGGCCUUCGUGCUGGUUCACUCCACGUCUGAGGUGGGGGGGAUGCUGCUCACUCUGCGCUGCGUGGACUCCAAGGACAAGGCGAUGGCGCUGGGACUCAUCUCUGUGGCUAUUGGUCUGUUGAGUAAUGUCCCGUGUCCAAUAAUAUACGGUGCUGUGGUGGACUCGGCCUGCAUACAGUGGAAGGAGACCUGUAGGAGGGCAGGGGCGUGUCAGCUCUAUGAUUCAGACUCCUUCAGGAUGUUCUUCCACGGCAUGACAGGCGCCGUAAUGCUGCUCGCCUUCAUGGUGGACGUGUGUGUGUGGUGCCUUGCUGGAAACAUAUCUUUUGACGACCCCAUCUCCACCCCGCUCCACCUCUCCCCCUCCACCCCUGACGCCCCCUCCAUCUUCCCCGCUCCAGCCACAGCCUCCACCAGCCAAGAGUCCACCCCUAUCCUGCCACAGUGCGAGGUGGAGAUGUCCUUUGUCCAGGGGAAGGAUGAAGGAGUGGAGUGUGGGGAUGUUGCGAAGGAUUUGAUGUGAUAAAGGAUUUGGAAUAGUUUGUUGUGUUAUUAGUUUGUAUAUUGUUAUUAUUAUUAUUAUUAUUAUUAUUAUUAUUUUUUUUUUUUUUUUAUUGAUGUUUUUAUUAUUUUAUUUUUUGAGGGAUCUUGUUGGUUGUUUUAGAUUUGCAUGUGAAGAAAAUAUUUAUUGAUUUUAUUUUAUUUUUUCCUCUUUUUCUGAUAUGAGGUUUUUAAUUUUAGGAUUUUUUUUUUUUUAGAGUUGUGGUUAUUGUUUUUUUUUAUUGUUUUGGGUUUUGUAUAAGUUAUUCUAGGUUAGUAUGUAAAAAAAAAAAGCUAUUAUUUCCAUUUUUACAUGUAAGCUUUCCAUUACUGCUUAUCUAUGUGACUGUACGGUAUGUCAAUGUUAUUUUGGGGGGCACAUGUAAAUUAUUUUAGGCACGUGAACUGUGUAGACUUUUUUUUGACAACUGCUAGCAUUUUGAAUUUCUACCAUUGUCUGUCUAUACUGUCUGAAAUAGAUCACUUCUUUUCUCAAAUAUUUAUCAUUGCAUAUCUAGAAAAAGAAAACAUUUUUGUACUAUUUCCGGUUUCUAUCUUUGAAUAUCUAUAAAAUGGCAAGUAUUUGUAUGUAUGUACGUAUGUAUGUAUUAUAACUAUGCCAGUAUGUAUCAUUGUAUGUACUUUUUGUAUUAAUCAUUAUCAUAGCUUUCUUUUUUUGUACUUUUAUAUAAUAGCCAGCGCAUUUUUUUCUUCUUUUUUUUCUCGUAGGUAUACUUUCAUAUAUAUAGUUUUUAUGCUAAGAUUUAAAAAAAAAUUUGGUUCCUAUAGAUUAAUGUUGUGUGUGUGUGUGUGUGUGUGUGUGUGUGUGUGUGUGUGUGUGUUUACCUAAUUGUAUCUUUACAGGUUUGCAUCAAAUUCGUAAUGUACCGUGUUUUAAAGUUAAUCUGUCAUAUUUAUCAUUAAAACCAGUGGUAGGGAUAGAGAGGUGAAGAAGAGAGUGCAGGCUGGAGGGAAGCUGGCAGAAGCACACGACAAGAAGCUUACGGGAAGAACUAAAGGAAAUGUGCACAGAAUAUAGCAGUGAUUUAUUUGUACCAAUAGUAAAGAAACAAGAGAUAGAAGCGACGGAAGUGAAAAUGCUGUAGCUUGUUCUUGACGAGACGAAAUGGAGAACACAGAGCACACGAGGAUGAGAUGGCUGGGAUGUUAUCAGAAGGAAAGGAGGAUGCUGGGAAUGAACUCAUACGGCAGGAGGAAGAGAGGAGGACCAGAGAUCUGUGGAUGCAGAGAAAGAAGACAUGCAAGUGAUGGGGGUGACGAAGGAGGCGAAAGAAGACAAUAGAUUAGAGAAGGACAACCCGCUGUGACGACUCAUAAGAGAAACAGCCGAAAGAAGAUUUUAGAUAUGAACAAUAUCAAUUCAAGAGAGAGAAAAAGAUGAAGUAGAAUGGAAAAUGAGAAAAGAUGGAAAGGAAAUAAAAAGAAUGGGAAAAACGCUCAAAUGAAAAAAAAAUUAUAAAAUAGAAUGAAUUAUGAAAAAAGGGAACAAGAAUGGAAUAUGAAUGGGAAAGCAGAAUUUGAAAUGGGAAAAUAGAAUAAAUAAUAAAAUAAGGAAUGGAGUAUUCAGUAAAGAGAAAUAAAAUAAAGAAUUAAAUAGAAAAAGAAAAAUAUCACUGGAACCAUGAAAUCUUCCUUGAAAACCCCCAAAACUUUCAAUAGAAUCUCUUAAACUACUGUAAUCGUGAAAUCAUCAUUAAAAACCCUGGUAACUUUCACGAGACCUUGAAGAAUUAGAAUAAUGAAAAAUUCCCUAUAACUUCCACUAGAGUUUUUUAAGCAACUGGAAAUAUGAAGAAACCCUUCCUAACCCUAAUUAACUUUCACUUGAGCUUGUUAAACUAUCACCUGAGUCUUGUGAUAAGAAAUUUUGCUCAUGUAACUAAGAAAACUGAGAUUAUUUGAGUUCCCCUAAAGAUUAUUAAAACUUUCUUUCUAAA